UUUAAUCAUACCUAGUUCACUAUAAAUAUGCUUAAAAAAUGAUAAAAAUACCCACAGACGUUCAAUCCGUUAUAAAUGCUGCUUAUCAUAUAAACAGUUUUAGUGGAGCUGUUGAAGAACUGGUAUAUAACUCUCUGGAUGCAGAUUCAACUUCAAUUGCAAUAAGAGUAGACAUACAGGAAAGUUUAAUUCAAGUAAUUGACAAUGGGUGUGGAAUUAAAGAGAAUGACUUCAAUUUACUUGGACAAAAAUAUUCAUCUAGUAAAUUUGUUGAUAUAUUUGGUUUGAAAACUAUUCCAUGCACAUAUGGAUAUUGUGGUCUAUCACUUGCAACAAUUAUUGAUGUUUGUCACGAAAUAAAAAUAAUCUCAAGACACCAAGACUCGCAAGAAACGUGGAUGAAAAUAUUUUGCCGGAGAGAAUGCAAAGAGUUAACUAAAACAACCUCAAGACCAUCUAAAGGCACUACUGUUGACAUCAAAGGAUUUCUGUAUAAUUUAAAGAUACAAAGGAAAGCUAUUGAAACUCACAAUGAAAUGCUUGCUAUAAAAACAUUAUUAGAGCACCUAUCAUUGGUUCAUGUGAAUGUGUCAUUUAGUCUGAGAGAUGAUGGAAAAAACGAAAUUGUGUUCCAAAUACAUAAAAAUAGAGAUCUUUGUUCAACUAUAUCAAGUUUAUUUAACAUUUUGCCAAGUGAGUUACAAGAACUACAAAUAGAAAAGAAAUACUAUAAAGUAAAAGCUUUAAUAGGAAAGGGAAAUAUGGACUUUAAGAAGUACCAGUGGAUCUUUUUAAAUAGGAAGUUUAUUUUCAGCAGUAAGAUCCAUCAAAUAAUGAAUAAACAUUUGAAAAAAUCUUUGUGUAUUCAACAGUUCAAACCCAUCAAGAAGCUUCAUUUUAAUAAUGAUGAAACAUAUAAUCACGAUUUGCCAUUGUAUUUCCUUUUCAUAUCAUGUCCAUAUUUUGACUAUGAUGUUAAUUAUAAUUUAAGAAAAACAACUGUGGAAUUUAAGAACUGGGACCAAAUAACUAAUAUAUUGCAAAAAUUGGCACAAUGCUAUUGUGGGGAAAUAAAACUUAAAGAAGUAACUAAUCAGUUUGUAAAGAACAAUACAAGGGAUCCAAAUUUUACUAAAAAUAAUGAAAAUAAUACAAGAGAAGAAGUAAAAAAAAUAGUCAAUAAAAUAUUAAUGAAUCCAAUGAAACAAAAAGUGUUAGAUAUACACAAUGGAGUUAAAGGGUUAAACAUUAAGAGACAAAGAAAGCAGAAUAAAAGAAAACUUUUGAAAAGUAAACAAGAAUUCAAAACAACAUGUAACAAUGCUAUACCAUUGUCUCAAAAUGAAGAAAAAAUUAACAAGAAGUUUACAAACCUACAUGAAAAGGAAAAUAGGAUAACAAUACAUCACUCCAACCGAAAAAAUAUAAAGCAAAAUCUAAAUAACUUGGACAAAAAAUGUAAUGAUGAACCAGAAAUCGCAGAAACUAUAUUAAAUAAUGAUAAUGCAUCAUCCUCUGAUUCAAAAGAAGAUAACACUAAACCACAGAAACCUCGUAAAAGGAAAAAGGUGUCUAUAAAUUGUAACUAUUAUAAAAAUAAGAGGCAUGCUUUAACUAAAAUGUCAUUGGAAGAAAACAAUAAAAACAAUAAUCAGAAUUAUCUAGACUCUGCAAAUAAUAAGAAAAAUAAUAUAGAAGAGAAUGCAAAAUGUUUUCAGGAAAAUAAUGCAAUGAAAAAGAUUUUACAUCCUCCUGAAAGAUUGAAAGAAAAACAUAAAUUGUUUCCAAGGUCGAGUAGAAAGGUGCAAUUAAAUAAGAAACCAAGGAUUAAAGAGAAUUUUAAUUUUAACAUAAAUGAUUGUAAAUUAAAUGCAACGAAAAAUAAACCAAUUGACUACAAAAUAGGUUUAUAUAAUAAAGAUGUAAAAAUAGAUGCUGAAAAAUUCAAAGAAAAUGCAGUUAUUUCAUCAUAUGAUCUUGUGCAAACAAUUUUGAAAGAUGAAACCAAAAAUAUUGGAAAAUUUGAUCUACAAUAUGAUGUCAAUGCAAACAUGCAACCACAUACAUUCACUUUCCCUGCAGAACAACUUCCUGAGAGUACUUUUAGCAAUAUAAUUUCUACCAAAUUAACAUAUGAAAGUCAUAAAAAUUAUAAUUUAAAUAACAAGAUUUAUGAAAACAAAUAUAGUAAUCUCCAUUACAUCAGCAAGGCUUCCAAGGAUCUAUUCUCUUUAAAAAGUCGAACACCAUUUAAUUUGAAAAAUAUUACUUUUAAAAAGAAAAAUUGCAAUAAAUUUAAUAAAGCAUCAUUUUUUAACACUUUGAAAAUGGACAUUAAUGAAUCUGUUUAUACUAUACAAGUGUCAAAUAGUAUAAAUAAUUUCAAUUAUGAACUGAAUCACGAGUAUAAUAAUGCAAACAACUUAUAUGUUGAUCGUAAUAAUGAGUCUAUCGAAAUACCUUUUAUAGAAGAAAUGAAAUCAAUGUAUGAUAAAACAUAUACCAUUGAGAACUAUUAUUCGCAAGGCAGCCAUGAUUUAAAUAAAAAUAUGAGCUUAAAAUAUGAUAUAACAUAUUCUAUUCAAUUAUCGAAAAACAUAAUUUAUACACCUAAUGAAAAUUUUGAUAUAAUUAAUAACGAUUUUAUGGAAAGAUCUUUAAUUUUUAAUAGCAAUUACAUGGAUGAUUUAAUUAGAAAUAAAGAAGACAAUAAAACAUUUAAUAAUGAAACUGAUGAAGAAAUAAUAUCAAUCCUGAAUUCAAAGAGAGAUGAAGAAAAUGUUGAUCCUUUAAACUUUUGUGAAACGAUUAUCGAUUCUAUCGCUGCAAAUCAUGAGCCUAAAUUAGAUAAUCACAUAAUAACUAACGAUAGUCUAUUUGAUGUAGCUUUAAAUUUACAAGAUAAUAAAAAGCAAGAAAAUGAACUUGCUAAUGUUACUUCCCACCAUUUUAAUUCACUGCACACUGAAGAAAUAAAUGAAUUAUUCCGAGAUACUUUUGAUUUGGAUAUUUCCAAAAAACAGAAUACUAAUAUAAUAACUGAAGUCAGAGAGUCUUCAAAAAUUUUAGAAGAUUUUACUAUUCAGGGUCGACAUACAUUUAUGCCUAAAGGUAUGUCGCCAAUCAUCAAAAAUAUUAACAAAAAAAUGUUAAAAAUGUGCAGUACAUUAGAGGAUGAAUAUUAUGAAGAUCGACUCUACAAAAAAUUCGCAGAGUCGGUAGUAGAAACGGCGAAAGUGUUUGAACCAAAAAUUCAAAAUGUCAAUGAAAUAAAAACUACGAGGGAUAUAAAUAAAUUUAACAAUAAAAUCAUAAAAGACAAAGCAGAUUUGGUAUUCGAUGCGAAAUCUUUAAAACAAGCUAAAGUAUUUGGUCAAGUUGACUGCAAAUUUAUUGCUACAAUCACGCACGGAAAGAUAGCUUCAAGUGACACAUAUUCUGAUUUCCUCGUGCUUUUUGAUCAACACGCUGUUCAUGAGAGAAUUCGUCUUGAGAAAAAUUUAUCAGAUUAUUUUGAUGGCACUACUUGGAAGAGCGUCACAAUAGAUGGCAUUAGUUUGAAAUUGCCUAAAGAUGAUGCUAUUUUUCUACAUAACUAUAAAGAUAAAUUGUCUGCAUUCGGUCUACAAUGGACUCUAACUGAUAAUAUAAUAACUUUGUAUGGAAUUCCAAAAGCCAUUUUCGGUCAUAUUGACAGACAGGAGGAAGUGGUAUUCGGAGCUACUAAAAAUUUACUUGCUGAACUAAUCGAUGCACUUAAAUAUCUAAAAGGCAAUAUACCUCUAUACCCUCAAACUAUUAUGAACCUUGUUUUUAGUGAGGCUUGUCGAUAUGCGAUCAUGUUUGGAGAUAAGUUAUCGAAACAAAAUUGCGUUGAAUUAUUGGAAUCAUUAGCAAGAUGCAAAACUCCAUUCCAAUGUGCUCAUGGUAGACCAGUGAUGGCUGUUUUAAUGGAAAUGAACGGAUAUUUGCCAAAAUAUAAUAUAUGUUUUGAGAAGAUUAAACUAUUUAAAAGUAGCAAGAAAAAAGGGUAGCAGUAAAUUUAUAAUACCUAUUAGAGGAAAAUUUAUGACAAAAAAAUAACGAAGUUAUUAGUUAGUUAUGAAUAAUUUUUAUUUAGAUCUUAAAAUUAGUAAAGGAAUAAACAUGUACCUACAUA